AUGGGAUGCUCUUUUUAAAAGAAGAAAGCUCUGGGUUAAAAAACACAGCUUUUUCGAACGGGAGCUGAUAUCUUGGAUGAAGUAAAAGAUGUAGAUAUACAAAUCUUUGGUGUCAUACUAGAAUUAUUAAGAAAGGAGCAAGGUCAAGAUUGCAUUGGAUUUUUAUCAGAUAUUGGGAAUCAGAAACAAUUAGAAUUAUAAAUUUUAUAAUAAUUAGGGAAUAUUACUCAAGCUGAUAUAGAAUAGAAAUUGUCUGUUAUUGGAAAUGACAUGAAAUAAAUUACAAAUUUAUUAAAAAAAUUAAAAAAUCAUGACUUCAAUUACAAAGACUUUUCCUCUAAAGAAAAUGAAGAAUCAACAUUUAGUUUAAUUUAAAGCAUCAAAGAUAAUAGAAGGAUCAUUGAAUUUCUGUAUUUUUUAGUUCACCUCACAUCCAUUGAUGAAACUUUGAUAUAAUGUGGGUCUAAUUCUUUACAUUUAUUAGUUUAGAUGAAGGAGGACCUUAGAAUGAAAAAUUUGGAAAAUAUUAAGAUCUAAAAUACUUCUUUAGUAGGAGCAAAUUUUGUUAGGUGUAAUUUAAGUAAAUCAUAAUUUAAUAAUGUCAAUAUAAGUGGAAUAAAUCUAAAUGGAGCAUAAUUAUUUCAUUGUAAAUGGAAGGACUUAAGAAUCCAAGAAUUAAAUAUACUACAUGGUCAUAGUGAUUAAGUAAGAUCAAUUUGUUUUUCUCCUGAUGGAAAAACAUUAGUUUCUGGAGGUGGUAUGAAAUAUAAAGGUAUCCUUCUAUGGGAUGUCAAAACAGGAUAAUAAAAAGCCAAAUUAGAUGGUCCUAUUAGCACUGUCAAUUCAGUCAGUUUAUCUCCUAAUGGAAAUAUAUUAGCUUCUGGAUAUGAUAAUGGCUCUGUCUUAUUAUGGGAUACUAAAACAAGAAAGAAAGGAGCAAAAUUAGAUGGUCAUAUUGGCAAUGUCCUCUCGGUUUGUUUCUCUCAUGAUGGAAAAACAUUAGCUUCUAGUAGUAGUGAUAAGUCUAUCCGUUUAUGGGAUGUCAAAACAGGAUAAUAAAAAGCCAAAUUAGAUGGUCAUACUAGUUAUGUUAUGUCAGUCUGUUUCUCUCCUGAUGGAAAUACAUUAGCUUCUGGUAGUUAUGAUUAUUCUAUCCGUCUAUGGGAUGUCAAUACAGGAUAUUAAAAAAACCAAAUUAGAUGGUCAUAAUAGCAUUGUCUACUCAGUUUGUUUCUCUCCUGAUGGAAAUACAUUAGCCUCUGGUAGUGAUGAUAACUCUAUCCGUCUAUGGGAUGUCAAAACAGGAUAAUAAAAAGCCAAAUUAGAUGGUCAUAGUAAUGAUGUUAGAUCAGUCUGUUUCUUUCCUGAUGGAAAUACAUUAGCUUCUGGUAGUA